AUGUCGUCCUCCUCCAAACAACCCUACAGCGUCCGCGCAAAGAACCAUCCCAACCCCCUCGUGCGCAAACUAUUCGCUACUGCCGAAGCCAAAAAGACAAACGUGACCGUCUCAGCAGAUGUGACCACUACAAAACAACUCCUUGAUCUCGCCGACCAACUCGGCCCUUAUAUCGCCGUCUUCAAAACCCAUAUCGACAUCCUCUCCGACUUCAGCACCGAAACGACGACCGGCCUCAAAGCAAUCGCCGAAAAACACAACUUCCUUAUUUUCGAAGACCGCAAGUUCAUUGAUAUCGGCAAUACAGUCCAGAAACAAUACCAUGGCGGCGCACUACGAAUCUCUGAAUGGGCCCACAUCAUCAAUUGCGCCAUCCUACCCGGCGAAGGGAUCGUGCAGGCAUUGACUCAGACCGCAAAGGCCGAUGACUUUCCAUACGGUGAGGAUAGGGGACUACUCAUUCUCGCCGAAAUGACUUCCAAGGGCUCCCUAGCGACGGGCACAUAUACCACGCGCUCGGUGGAUUAUGCGCGACGGUACAAGGAGUUUGUCAUGGGAUUUGUAUGCAAUCGCUCACUCACCGAUGAGCAGUCCACGGAGACCACUGCGACGGCCGACGAGGAUUUCGUGGUGUUUACCACAGGAGUCAACUUGGCCUCAACGGGCGAUGCGUUGGGUCAACAGUACCAAACACCGCAGAGCGCGGUGGCUAGAGGGGCCGAUUUCAUCAUUGCCGGAAGAGGCAUAUAUGCUGCGCCUGAUCCCGUGGAGGCCGUUAAGCAGUAUCGGGAGCAGGGGUGGAAGGCUUAUCUUGAGAGAGUCGGACAAUAG